UCUUACCAUUAUUAGUUCUUGUUGAAAUCUAAUCUGUAUAAAAACGCCCUGCAGCUAUUCUUCAAAAAUAUCACGUCAUAUGAUGAAUCCAUCUCUUGUAUCUACUACUGGCACCACUUGGUCUUCUCAUGUAGAUGUAUUGAAUAAAGUCAUGGAUCCUAUUGAUAUCCUAACAGAUGCAGAACUUCAAAACGAGUUAGCACUCUAUGCCAAUGCUCAAUUCACUUUUGAUACUUUGCCUGGUGCUGCCAUUGAAGACAAACAAAUGAAAUCAUUGUCUGGUUUCCCUAUGGAUCAACAACGACAACAUCGUCAAAGACCUCCUGUGCUUGAUAUUUCUCUCGCCAAUCAAAUCCAUAGUGCCAAUUCUACGCAAAAAGAUCCUUAUUCUUCUGUUACCUCUUCACCUUAUGAUCAAACUCAACAACAUUACUUUACGCCAGUAUCAUCAUUACCUGGAUCACCCACCCACAAGAAUCAUGGUGGACGCCAUAUGGAUCCAUUAUUAUCAUUCAUGAUGUCGCCUACAAAUAGCACUCCUGAAGAACCAGUGACUCCAAUGGAAACAUUAUCUGAUCAACUUGAUGGUCACAAAACAAAGAAAAAGUCAAUAACAAGACGUACAUCUGCAAAAUCUAAAGAAACCAAUGAUAAACCCCAAGAUGUAUCGUUGGAAAAGGUUAGUCAAGCUAAUGAACAGCAGGACGAAGAUUUAAUCAAGUUGGAUAAACGACGCCGCAAUACCGCUGCUAGUGCUCGAUUCCGAAUCAAGAAGAAAUUGCGUGAACAAACCUUACAACGUACGGCAUGUGAAAUGACGGAAAAGGCCAAACGUUUGGAAGCCCGUGUGCAAGAAUUGGAACGUGAAAUCAAAUGGCUCAAGGAACUGGUAGUAGCAAAACAUGAUGCUUGAAAUAUUUCUAUCCAUACAUGUCC